AUGACGGUUGCUACGAUAAGACCACAACCUAAAGAAUGGGUUGCACCACAAGAGACCCAAGAAGAUUUGGAUUGGGCAGAAUUGACAACAGUUGACAUUGGUAAGUUUGACCAACCAGGUGGUAAGCAAGAGCUUGCCAAUGAAUUAAAGCAAGCGGUUGAAAAAGAUGGGUUUUGGGCAGUUGUUGGCCAUGGAAUAAGUAAGGAAGAGUUUAACCACCAGUAUGCUUUAGGUCAACAUUUCUUUGAAGAUUAUACUUUGGAAGAGAAAAAAGCACAGGAAGUUCAAUUUGAGAAAGGCAAUUAUUUUGGUUAUAAAAUCAAAGGAAAUAAAAAAGUUUUCGAUACUGAUGUAAGAGAUAAUGUCGAGACCUUAAAUAUUGCCAAAUUUACAAGCGACCAUAAGUACGAUGAGUAUUUCAAACAACCAUUCAUUCAAGAGCAUCGUGAGGAAUUGGAAAUAUUAUCUAGAAAAGCUUUUGAAGUUGCUAGAAAAUUACUCGUGUUGUUUGCCAUUAUUCUUGAAUUACCAGAGAAUUAUUUUGCUGAUCGCCAUGCUUAUGACUUAGCUAGCGACGACCACCUUCGUUAUAUGAGGUAUCAUCCUCGCUCUAUAGAAGAUGAUGAGCAAGUGGAAAGGAUCUGGGCUAGGGGCCAUACUGACUUUGGUAGUUUGACAUUGUUAUAUAAUCAAGUUGUGGCAGGACUUCAAAUUAGAUUAUCCGAUGGUAGCUGGAAAUACGUUAAACCCGUGGAUCAAGGUUUGAUUUGUAAUAUCGGUGACACUCUUCUGUUUUGGAGUGGUGGAUACUUCAAACUGACGAUCCAUCGCGUCAUUCGUCCCCCUAAUGAUCAAAUAAAUGCUCCUCGUAUAGGAACUUUUUAUUUUGUUAGACCUGGUGAUGUCGAUAUCAGUAUAGCCCCUUCUCCUUUACUCAAAAAAUUAGGGUUAUACGAAGAUAUUGAUCCUGUAAGUGGAACUGAUUAUGUGAGGGGCCGUGUAAAAGACUAUCAUGAUCGUAAAGACUAUUUGAAAAGGGAGAAUGCUACAUUUAGACUUGGUGCUUUUGAAAUCAAAGACGGGUUUGAUUAG